CCUCCCGCCCGCUGCUCCCGGAGUAGUUGGAGCCCGUGAAGUGCGGGCGGCGAUGAGAGCGAAAGUUGCGCUCGGCUCGGCGCUGGGGGCUUGAAGCGGCGCCGCGCUCCGCCCGCCCGGGCCGCCCCCAGCCCCUGCCGCGCCCGCCCGGCCCCGCGCCCGCCGCCUCCGGCCCCGUCCCGUCCCGGCGCCCCCUCAGGAGCCGGGGUCCCCGUCACUCGCGCGCGGCCGCGGCCCCCUCCGAUGCCGACCAUGGUGGAGAAGGGCCCCGAGGUGUCCGGGAAGCGGAGAGGGCGGAACAACGCGGCCGGCGCCGCCGCCUCGGCCGCCCCCGCCGCGGCCGCCUCGGCCGCCGCCGCCGCCUCGGCCGCCGCCGCGGCCGCGGCCGCCGCCCCCGGCAAUGGGCAGAAUAAAAGUUUGGCGGCGGCGGCGCCCAAUGGCAACAGCAGCAGCAACUCCUGGGAGGAAGGCAGCUCGGGCUCGUCCAGCGACGAGGAGCACGGUGGCGGCGGCAUGCGGGUGGGACCCCAGUACCAGGCGGCCGUGCCCGACUUCGACCCCGCCAAAUUAGCAAGACGCAGUCAAGAACGAGACAAUCUUGGGAUGCUGGUCUGGUCACCUAAUCAGAAUCUAUCAGAAGCAAAACUGGACGAGUACAUCUCCAUCGCCAAGGAGAAGCACGGCUACAACAUGGAGCAGGCUCUGGGGAUGCUCUUUUGGCACAAGCACAACAUCGAGAAGUCCCUGGCUGACCUGCCCAACUUCACCCCCUUCCCCGACGAGUGGACGGUGGAGGACAAAGUGCUGUUCGAGCAAGCCUUCAGCUUCCAUGGGAAAACCUUCCAUAGAAUCCAGCAGAUGCUUCCUGACAAGUCCAUCGCCAGCCUGGUGAAGUUCUACUACUCGUGGAAGAAGACGCGGACCAAGACCAGCGUGAUGGAUCGCCACGCUCGCAAGCAGAAGCGCGAGCGGGAGGAGAGUGAGGAUGAACUGGAGGAAGCAAAUGGAAACAACCCCGUUGACCUUGAGCUGGGUCAGAAUAAGGAGAGCAGAGAGGAGGCGCCCCCCACCGAGUCCGUCCCGCAGAUCAAGAAAGAGAAGCACAGCACGCAAGCCAAGAACCGCGCCAAAAGGAAACCCCCGAAAGGGAUGUUUCUCUCCCAAGAAGACGUGGAGGCCGUGUCUGCAAACGCCACUGCCGCCACCACGGUGCUGCGCCAGCUGGACAUGGAGCUGGUCUCCAUCAAGCGCCAGAUUCAGAGCAUUAAACAGACCAACAGCGCUCUCAAAGAGAAGCUGGACGGGGGCAUCGAGCCGUACCGACUCCCCGAGGUUGUUCAGAAGUUCAACGCGCGCUGGACCACAGAGGAGCAGCUGCUCGCCGUGCAGGCCAUCAGGAAGUACGGCCGGGACUUCCAGGCCAUCUCAGACGUGAUUGGGAACAAGUCGGUGGUACAAGUGAAAAACUUUUUUGUGAAUUACCGACGCCGCUUCAACAUCGACGAGGUGCUGCAGGAGUGGGAGGCGGAGCACGGGAAAGAAGAGGCCAACGGGCCCGGCGGCCAGAAGCCCGUCAGGUCCCCGGACAGCGCGCUCAAGGUCCCCGAGGAGGACGAGGAGGCCGCUUCUGUUCUCGACGUCAGAUACACCUCUGCCUCCUGAGGCACCCAGGCCGCUUCCCACACUGGUAUGGGCGUCCGCGUUACCGGGCAUCAGGUAUGACACGGCAUCACCUCGCCAUCUGCUCCCACCUGUGGACAAGCAGCUAUUACCAAAAACGGCAACACUUCGGUCCUGUGCUACAUCUGCCUUAAUUCUUUGCUCGUUCCUCCAUGCUGGCGCACUCGCGCGGUCUCCGCCUGGGAUCUCGCGGCUGCACGGCCCCGGCCCCGGCCCUGGGGCUGCCUCCCCAGGCAGAGGUCCGGCCCCAGGGGCUCUGGCCACCGUCCGCAGCUUCCGAGCAGGUGGCUGCCUGGAAGCCCACCUCUUCCUGCAUGGCCCGGAUCGCUCCUUUUGCAUCAUGUCCUUCUCAGCAACUGGACCUGUUGGCCUUCUAGAGGGUUCUCUGGUCCGGUGCGAGGCCCCCACCUAAGCGAUCAUGUUUCUGGAUAUCACCGUGUGUGCAGACUGCAGUAACCUUCAUCGUGCCAAACCUCCCGAUUCGGGCCUGCUUCCCGGGACCGGCUGAUGCUGAUCGGCUGAUCGGCUAGUCCGCUAGCCGCUCCCCUGGGCCCGGCGGGCUCCCAGCGGCUCCCAGCGGCUCCCAGCAGCGCUCUGGACACGUGACUUAAAGGAACACGGACUCCACCCUCUGCCUUCAGCUCUCAGCGUGGCAGCCCAGGAUGGGUGCCGCCUCGUUCCCCGCUUCCCCCAAACCAACUCCAAGAGAUUGGGUCCGUACACUGCCUGGUGCUUGUACACUUGGACUUGGUGCCUUCUCCUGGGGCCGCCGCCUUCCCAGUCCUGUUUCUGCUUCAGCGCCGUAGCUCUUUCACGUCAUUGCUUACCAAAGAUGACAUCCCGCGCGUGAGAGCCCGCUGCGCCCGACGGAGCAGACUUAGCCGUCGGGCAGGCCGCAUGGGCCCGGAGCAGCCGGGAGGUUUCCAGAUGCACGUCGUUCCCCUCCUGGGCAGCCUGGCUUCUCCCCGGCACUCCACACGCCUGGUCCGCAGGCCCCUGUGGGCUGCACACCCCGCCUCCCACAGCCGAGCAGAGCCAGGCGUGAGCAGGUGCUGGUGCUGCUGCUGCUGCUGCUGAGCUGCCGUGAGAGCAAGCAGCCCGCGGGGCGUGCACUGCCUGGCUGGACGGGGGCAAGUGGAACUUGUAAGAAACGUCCUGGGACGUCCGCUCGCUCUGCUCUCCGCCGGCCCAGAGCGGCUGCGGGCUGCGUGAGCCUGCCGCCCUCCCCGCAGCUCUGCCGGCACUGGACGCCGCAGGAGCUUCUGCUGUCGUUCCCCAUCAUUUAAACACUUUCCUGCUUUCAAUACCAAAAAGAAAAGUGCGAGGCUUUAAGGCGCAUAAGCAAUUCUUAAGAAUUUAAAAUAUGCAAUUAAAAUGGGAUGUUUUGCUGUCAAGCACCUUGCCUUUUUAAAGUCAGCUGAUUUAGGAAGAGGGUCAGCUAGAAUCAUAGCGUGUUUGGAAUUGGACUUCUGGUUUAAAGGAACCUGGACAGAGGUCACUCUGAAGGGGCAGUAAGAGGGGACUUGCUGAGCUCGCGUCCGCUGUCCCUGCACGGGAGUCCCAGCAGGUGAGGACAGUCGGGAGGCAGAGGACCUGUCCGGGCUGGGAGCGAGAGAACACGGAACCACUCAGACUGGGUCUCCUCGGCAUCGCAAGCCGGCUGUGCGAGUGCAGUGCAGGGCCGCGGAGCCCUCGCGCGGCUGCACGUCGCCCCGAGGACACGGCCUGGCAGGGGCGGAGGCUCCUCUCGCCCCCUCCUCCCGGCUCCCUCCUCUCCAGUCGGCAGGGCCUCCUGCAGGGGCUCUCACUGCCUGCGGGUUCCCCCCUCGGCCCAGCCUGUGUUCCUUGGGAACUGGUGCCCAGCCGCGGGGAGCGUGGUGCCGGCCUGCCUCGCACUGCGCUCUCCGGCCUUCACCUGCCUCGGCGCCACCGCGCUGGUCUUCCCGCCGGACGGCAGCUGCCGUGGGCUCCCCCAGGAAAAGAGGCGGCGUCUUGGCCUGGCUGCUGGCUGCUUCCGCCGGUUUCACGUCUGAGAGAGCACUGUCCUCAGCUGUCCGCACUGUCUCUGCAAUGAUGUAAAUGCAAGAACCACUCUGCUGAAAGCGAGUGACUGGUCUCACCGACGUGGAGGCCCUUUUAAACAUAUCAAGACUUCGGUGCAUCACAGGCGUGUGGGUGGGAGGUCAGGGACCAUGUUCCCUCAGCUUUGUCUUCGUAAAGAGUAUCAAUGUGAAUGUCAUAAUUAUAUCUAUUUUUGUGCAAGAUUUCUCCUAAGUAUAAGUUAUUGUGCAAAAUAUAGUACCAUUGAAACAAAUGAUAGUUUUAGUUUAGAAUUCCCAAAAGAUAUAAAUUGUAUUGCAUAUGCAUUAAAGUUUGUUUUAUUUAAUUU